AUGAGCAUUUCGGCGGAUCCGACGGACGAGCCCAUCUUCCUUGACGAAGAGGUGUUGAAACAACCGCCGUCUUCCUUCCCAGAGCCCGAGAAAGGGAACGCCACAUGGCACACUCUGCUCUCUGCCCCUGAAACUCCAAGCACGUCUCUCAGUGCCGGCGUCGCGGUCUGCCCCGCCAGUGGCUCCCUCGCCCUGCACAGACAUGAGCAGGCUGAGAUGUACUACUUCCUGUCCGGCACUGGCGAGGUGGAGGUUGAUGGCAAGAGACAGCGCGUGGCAAAGGGCAUGACGGUGUGGAUUCCGGGAAAUGCCGAACAUGGUGUGUUCUGUGGCGACAACGAACAGUUGCGGUGGCUUUAUGUGUUUCCCGAGGGGAGGUUCGAAGAUGUGGUGUACCGUUUCAGUCACUCGCUGGACCAGGUCUGA